AUGGGUCCGUUCACAGACGAAGACGAGCUCCAGGAUUAUCUCCUAAGUCCUGCAUCUAGACACGGCUUUGAUUCGACUAGAGAAUACAUGAAGGCUUUGGCGCAAGCGAAUGAAAUUCGCGAAUAUCCUCACGGGAUUGCAUUCACCCAUGGUGACUUCAAGGCUCAUAACGUUCUCGUCGGAGAUGAUGGUCAUUUAUCGGCUUUUCUUGAUUGGGAAUCCGCCGGUUGGUACCCUGAGUACUGGGAAUUUACGACUGCAAUGAGAUAUGGAAAAAGCAGUUGGUGGUCUCAAGUGACUCGGUGGAUAGGAGGAGACCAGUAUUACGGAGACUUUUUGAAGGAAGUAGUGAAUUUAGUCCAUGAAUUUGCUUCCUUUGCGCUUUCCUGCUCUGAAGCUUAUAUUGAAAUUGUCUCUAGAGGCGAGGAGAUACAGGAGCAAUCAAUGAUUGAAGGGCGACAGCAUUGA